GCAUGCUACUAUUAGAGGAGGAGACGAUAUCUUCCCCGUCCCUGCAAUAUUAUGGGAGAGAAACAUAUCAUCCUGCCAAGACUGAUAACAAGCAAGCUAUCGCAACGGCAGAAGCUGUGUGGCCAUCGAAACGUUGCUGAGAUUUCAGGCGUAGUGGAUGAAACCUUGGGAAAGAGGCCUUUGGAUGGGCAGAAUGAUAUGCUCAGAUACAGGGUGUUCACUAGUACGUGGAAUGUUGGUGGCAUGACACCAUCCAGUGAUCUAGACUUGGAAGAUUGGUUGGAUUCAAGAGCCAACUCCUAUGACAUCUAUGUUCUUGGGUUCCAAGAGAUAGUUCCACUCAACGCAAGAAAUGUGCUUGGUCCUAGGAAUAGCUGUAUAUCUACAAAGUGGAAUUCACUGAUAGGGGAGGCACUACACAAAAGGAGAGGAGCAGCAGAAAUGCAUCCAGAAAUUACCAAUAGCAGUGCAAUGGAGAGAUCUGCGCAGGAAGACCACUUCAGAUGCAUCAUGAGCAAGCAGAUGGUGGGCAUCUUUAUGUCAGUCUGGGUGAGAAGCAAUCUUCGGCCAUACAUUCACCAUCUGAAUGUGUCAUGUGUUGGUUCCGGCAUCAUGGGCUACCUAGGGAACAAGGGCUCGGUGUCGAUUCGAUUCGUGUUACACGAGACAAGUUUUUGCUUUGUUUGCUGUCACUUGGCUUCAGGUGGCAAACAAGGGGAUGUACUGUUGAGGAAUUUCGAUGCUGCGGAUAUUCUCAUUAGGACGAGAUUUCCUGGUGGUGCAACCCAAGAAUUGCCAAAGAAGAUCCUCGACCACGAUCAAGUCGUUUUGCUCGGUGACUUGAACUAUAGGAUAUCCUUGGAAGAGGCUGAGACAAGGUUGCUGGUGGAAGACAAGAACUGGUCCAUCUUGUUAGAGAACGACCAGCUAUUGCUCGAGUUCUCGACGGGCCAGCAUUUUGAUGGCUGGCAAGAAGGGCUGAUCACGUUCUCUCCCACCUACAAAUACCACCCCAACUCCGAUCAGUACUACUGGUGCUUCGAUGGGGCUCUCGGCAAGAAGAAGCGUGCCCCGGCAUGGUGUGACCGCAUUCUUUGGCGGGGCAAGGGCCUGAAGCAAAUCCAAUAUGACACAUGCAACUACAGGUUAUCUGACCACCGGCCGGUGAGAGCAGUUUUCCAUGCCGAAUGUGAUAUCAGAGGAGACGCAGAUUGUGCGUGUGGCUGUAUUACUCUCAGCUCCUCAAGUGACUGACAAAAUGGUCGACUAGGAGCACUCUGGGCUCGUGCCAUUUUAACCAAAGUUUGCUCGUGAGGGCAUGAUCGUCAAUCUAGAACUGAACGACUCAAUUAAUCACAGCAGUUUUACCUGAUGACCCGAGAUGAAUUUUCAAGUGGGGAAUCAGCCAUUUUUUUUGGAUCUUGAACAGUCACCGGAGGCUGGAAUGUGCAAUUGGAAGUUGGAACCAGACGGCGCUUAAUGGUUUUCUUUGACUCUUGACUGAGGGUGCAUAAAUGCUCAUUUUUCCGUAACCUUUAAAUUUAUUGAAGGGACUUUCUCGUUUGAACUUGUCCUCCGGAUUAAUUUGUUUCAUCGAUCGUCUAUUUACUGAGAAGAUAUCAGUAUUUGUAUUGUACAUUUUGUUCAUAAUAGAUAGGGGGCUUGGAACCUUGGACUCGGGAGUUACAAGUAUGAAUGAUAUAAUGUUUAAUUCUCCAAAGUUCCAAUGUAUCAAGACAUGAAUAAUUCAGUGUCUUCUC